AUGGGAAAUGCAUGCGCUGGCUGCUGCGGUGAUUCAAACGACCCGCUUGAUAGGCCUCUAGAAGGCAUAGAAGGCGGAGACGAGGGCUUGGCACAGCUCUUCAGGCCUGAAAUGGCGGACGUGCUACAUGGAGGGGUUUCUGUUGGCCUUAUACUUCAGGACAAGUCUCGGCUUGAGUGCAGGGCGAAGCUGAGCAGUGACAACAAGUCAUUGGAGUUGUCUUGCGAUCGCAAGAGCCGCAAGGUGGAGUUGAGCUCAGUGAAGAGUGUACUGCAUACACCUGAACAGCUGCAGCGUGUAGACUGCUCUGCAGGCAUAACACCAGGGGAUUUCUGUGUGGCUAUACACCUCGCGGCUACAGGCAACUGUAUUCCUUUCUUCUUCCCCUCCCUAAAAGACAAAAAUUUAUUUGUCGUUACCCUCGCCAAAAUACGCACAGCAGGACCUGAUGGACUUAUCAUCUGA